AUGUCGACCGCGGAGCACAUUACUCAUUUCACAGUCCAAUAUGGGAACUUAGGAGCCAAUGAGGUGCAGAAGUUAAGGCUUUUUCCCAAUUCCCUGACUGGAUCGGCUUUCUCUUGGUAUAUUACUUUACGUCCUACUUCGGUCCAAAGCUGGAGGGAGAUGGAGGACCAUUUCCAUGCCCAGUUUUACAGGACCGAGCCUAUGGUUUUCGUGGCUGACUUGGCAAAAAUGUGCCAGUUUCUGGAUGAAUCGGUUGAAAAGUUUGUAAGCCGGUUCAAGAUAGCUCGGUAUAAAUGUUUGACAAUGUUAUCAGAAAAUGAAUUUACAAAGAUGGCCUUGGGCGGAUUGCAUUUCGAGGUAAGAAAGCGAUUCGCCGGCCAGAAGUUCACUGACCUAGGCCAAUUGGUGGCCCAAGCAACCAGUUACGAACUUCUUCUCAGAGAGGAGGAAGACCUAAAGUCUUCUUCUCUAGGAAUUUAUUAUAAGCCACCGGCGCCGACCAUUAUGGGGUCACGAGCCCCUAAAGUAGCUGACUUCGCAGACUAUGAAGACUGUGACGAAGACUAUGAGAUCAGCAUUACUGAGAUCAUCUCUGGCAAACCAUAUGUAUGUAAAGCCUUGGCCCAAAUGGCUGAACAGUCGGGGAGUGCACCUGCCAAGACUUUUCGGGAUAGAGAUGCAAAGAAUAAGUACACAUAUGAUACAACUAAGGCCGAGCUGGUCUUUGAUCAUGUUGGCAGAACCGUGGGUUAG